GGCGGGGGAGCCGCUCGCCGCGGGAGCGCCAAGUGAGGGGCGCCCGGCCCAAGGAGGCGCAUUCUAUUCCGCCAGACCUGAAGGAGGCUGGUCUCGCGGGACAUGGCCCUGGGGACUUCCGCGCUGCUGCUGCUGCUACUGCUCCUGCCCAGGUUUCCACCCCAUGCCGCCGGCUGCCCGGCUGCCUGCCGCUGCUACAGCGCCACGGUAGAGUGCGGCGCACUGAGGCUGCGUGUCGUCCCGCCAGGAAUCCCACCCGGGACGCAGACACUGUUCCUGCAGGACAAUAUCAUCGCCCGCAUAGAACCGGGCGCCCUGGCUCCGCUCGCCGCUCUGCGUCGUCUCUACUUGCACAACAACAGCUUGCGUGCCCUGGAGCCUGGCGCUUUCCGCGCACAGCCGCGCCUUCUAGAGCUGGCGCUCACCGGCAACCGGCUGCGCGGCUUACGCAGCGGCGUCUUUGCGGGCCUGGCCCAGCUGCGUGUACUCUACCUGGCGGGCAACCACCUGGCGCGGCUGCUGGAUUUCACGUUCUUGCACCUGCCGCGACUGCAGGAGCUGCACUUGCAAGAAAACAACAUUGAGCUGCUGGAAGACCAGGCUCUGGCCGGGCUGUCCUCUCUGGCACUACUGGACCUCAGCAGGAACCAGCUGGGCACCAUCAGCCAAGAGGCCUUGCAGCCCCUGGCCAGCCUGCAAGUACUGCGCCUCACAGAGAACCCAUGGCGCUGUGACUGCGCUCUGCACUGGCUGGGCACUUGGAUCAAACAGGAUGGCCAGCGGCUGCUCAGCUCCAUGGACAAGAAGAUCAUGUGUGCCGAGCCUCCGCGCCUGGCACUUCAGAAUCUCCUGGAUGUAUCCCACAGCAGCCUCAUCUGCAUUCCACCUUCCGUACAUGUGCAUCCGCUGGAGCUCACAGCCAACCUGGGUGAGGACCUACGAGUUGCCUGCCAGGCUUCCGGUUACCCGCAGCCCCUGGUGACCUGGAGAAAGGUGUCCCAGCCCCGCGAGGGUCAGUCGCAGGACCAGGCCCAGCUAGAAGACGGAUCGCCCGGCCUAGGCGGGCAUGCGGCCUCCGACAUGGGCAGCGGUAUGCUCUUCCUUACCAACAUUACGCUGGCACACGCAGGCAAGUACGAGUGCGAGGCCUCCAACGCCGGUGGCGCCGCCCGCGUGCCCUUCCAGCUCCUUGUCAACGCGUCUCGGCAGCAGCCGAAACAGCAGGCGCUCCCGCCGCCCCCCGCCGCCAGCGAGCCCAGGCACGAGGCUGGUAGCAUGGCCUUCCGUGCCCUGGGUCUGGUAACGCAGACGGCCGUCGCGGCGGCCAUCGCUUUGCUGGCGCUCACGGCGUUGCUGCUGGCCGCCAUGAUCUGUCGCCGACGCCGCAGGCGGAAAAAGGCUCGGGCGCCGCCGGGGGAGGGCGCGCUAUUCGUCAACGACUACUCGGACGGGCCCUGCACCUUCGCGCAGCUUGAAGAGCUCCGCGACGAUCGCGGCCAUGAGAUGUUCGUCAUCGACCGCUCUAAGCUGCUGUUCGCCGAGGGGCCGGCGGAGGCGCCCGCGGCCCGUGGCCCAGUAGAGGGGGCGGCGCCUGGGCUCAGUGGCCCGCCGCCGGUCGCCUACGAGCUCUGUGCCUGAGGCCUGGCGCGCGCCGAUGACGUAGGUGCCCGGGAUUGGCCGGCGCAGCUCACGCAUGCUCCGUCAGUAAAGGUGAAGCCGCGCACUGUGCGC